AUUAAGGAAAGUAUCUUUAUCGCAAUUCGGCUUUCUGUCAAACGCUUCUCAGGAAUAGGGAAAUUUCUCAAUCACGUCGAGCUUUUGGUCGGCAGGAUGCAUGUAAUUACUCGGACCUAUUGGGCUGUUCUACUCUACAUCAUAGUUCCAGUUUGCUGCAUUGCCAUGUGCCUUACCGCCUUUAUCAACGCAAAAGCUCCAGUCACAGAAACUGGUGAAAGAUUUCCCAUCUGGACAAUUGGUUUUGGCUGGUCCAUCGCGGCGCUCACGCUAAUGCCAAUACCCGGCUUUGCAAUUUACGAGAUCUACCAGUCCUAUCCUGAUUUUCGUGCGGUAAGUGUUUCUGUCCCCAGCUCAUAG